CGGUAGCUAUCGGCCCGGACCGGACUGUCAUGAUCCCGGCGCGCAGAUGGCGUCCUUCCCCGGUUUGUGUAAGGCUGUCGGGCCCGAGGAGCAGAACGGAGAACCGGACGGAUCUCUGCAGGAAAUGCUGAAGGCCAUCGCAGACGAGAGGAACCGACUCAACAUCCGACAGGAGAUCAGCGGGCUCGGUUGUUUUAAGGAUGACCGCAUCGUGUUCUGGACCUGGAUGUUCUCCACAUACUUCAUGGAGAAGGCGGGACCUCGGCAGGACGACAUGCUGUUCUACGUCCGCAGGAAGCUCGCCUACGUCAGCGCCGAAAACACUGAGGGCAAAAAGGUGGAGGUGGAGGUGUACAGGAAGGACUCUAAGAAGCUUCCGGGCCUCGGUGACCCCGACAUCGACUGGGAGGAGAGUGUUUACCUGAACCUGAUCCUGCAGAAGUUGGACUAUGUGGUGACGUGUGCCGUCUGCACGCGCUCAGACGCAGGAGACAUCCACAUCCACAAGAAGAAGUGUCAGGAAGUGUUUGCGUCUCCCAGCAAACACGCCAUGGACAGUAAAGGAGAAGAGUCCAAGAUGAGCUACCCGAACAUCUUCUUCAUGAUCGACAACUUCGAAGAGGUGUUCAGCGAUAUGACGGUUGGCGAGGGCGAGAUGGUUUGUGUGGAGCUGGUAGCGAGCGAUAAGAGCAACACGUUCCAGGGCGUUAUCUUCCAGGGCUCGAUCCGCUACGAGGCGCUGAAGAAAGUCUACGACAACCGGGUGAGCGUCGCUGCUAAAAUGGCUCAGCGGAUGUCGUUCGGCUUCUAUAAAUACAACAACAUGGAGUUCGUGAGGAUGAAAGGUCCGCAGGGCAAAGGUCACGCUGAGAUGGCCGUCAGCAGGGUGCCAACGGGAGACACGUCGCCCUGCGGCACCGAGGAGGAGGUGUCACCCAUGCACGAGAGGGUGACGUCGUUCAGCACGCCGCCGACCCCCGAGAGGAACCGGCCGUCCUUCUUCUCGCCGUCGCUGAGGCGUAAAAUGCCCCGAAACAGAAACGCCGAGAUGAAGAAGUCUCACUCUGCCAACGACAGCGAGGAAUUCUUCAGGGAGGAAGAAGACGAAGAUCUUCACACAGCCACCAACCUGCGCUCUCGCUCUCUGUCGGGAACGGGUCGCUCUCUGGUCGGAUCGUGGCUCAAACUGAACCGAACCGAAGAUUUCUUCCUGCUGUACUCUCACCUGACCUACGUCACGCUGCCGCUGCACCGCAUCACUGCAGACAUCCUGGAGGUGAGGCAGAAGCCCAUCCUGAUGACAUAGCAGAGCUCGUAUCUGUCCUCAUCGAUACCAAGUGCCUCCUGCAUCAGGCCACUGAGACGCCGGCGCCCCCUGCUGUCCAGCCCGAGAACAACAACAACAACAACAACAACAACCAAAACAUCUGCUUCACCUGGAGGGACGACACACAAACCAGCCAUCCGAGAAGUGCCUCUUCUUCUUCUUCUUCUUCUUCUUCUUCUUUUUAAAGUGUCCCUGCUGGCGUUACCGGGGGCGAGGGAGGGAGGGGAGGAGGUCGUCUCCAUGGAAACGGGCCCCCCCCUCAGUGUCACAUGACCUCAGCGUGGAGAGGCGGUUGGCUGAACUCUGAUCAGGAAGGAUGUGAAGAAUGUGUUUCGUCUUUUUUCUUCUUCUACUUGUAAAUAUCCUGCUGCUUUACUCACUGAGACGCCUUCAGAAAAAAACACAAAGUUUCUGCUUUUAAACGACGACGACGACGGGAGGCGACAGGAAGUCUGCGUCCGAACAGGAAGUCUGCGUCCGAACAGGAAGUCUGCGUCCGACUUCUUUCAAAGUGUGAAAAAUAAAACGUUAGACUGCUUUUAUUCUGACGGGGUCAAAUCCAUCCAUUCAUAUUCAUGAGAUCAAUUAAGUUGUUUUCAUUGAUUCACAUAAAUAAAUAAUCUUUAUUAACAGGUUCGCUUCAGAUGGUAAAAUGUUGCUUUUUGUGUCAAAAAACACCUAAAAAAAUACACAUUUGAGAUCCUGUAAACAUCAAAUUAACAUUUUUACUCAAUUAAAUGAUUUAUUUAUUAUUUAAAUCAUAUUUUUCUGUCACUCAGCUGAUUGAAUCAACAAAUCUUAUUAAAAUAAGAGUAAAAAACCGAAAGUUCAGCUCAAAUGUGAUGAUUUAAAGUCAUAAGUGACAGUAAAAGUUAAUAUUUGGAGUUUUUUUGACAUUUAAAGACACAAACUUUGACUCUGGAGGCUUUAAUUAGCUAAUUGACAGUUUAACCCUUUACAUACUGUUCAUAUUCUGUUUAAUAAUUAGUCUCUGCACCAAUUCACAUCCAUAAACUCCCAUUUAUACGUGUUUAAUUAACCCUUAAAGAAGCUGUCAGAGUGUAAACUAUUUAUUUAUGGGGAGAAAAAGACUUUCAGCAUCACUAUUUUAUAGAAUAUGAAGAAAAUAACACAAUCUAAUGGUGAUUUUAUAGGAUUAUAACACAUUUAGUAACGUUUUAGACAUUUUGAGGGUGAAAUAAGAACAUUUCUUAUUAAAAUAGAGUAAAAAAAAAACAAGUUCAGCUGCUCAAAUGUGAUGAUUUAAUUCUUUUUUCUGUCUUAAGUGACAGUAAAGUUCAUAUUUGGGGUAAAAUAAGACAUUUAAAGACACAACCUUUGACUCUGGAGGAUUAUAACAGGUGUUUAUUAGUGAUUUAGACAUUAAUUAAUUGGUUAAUUGACAGAUGAACUGUAGUAGAAGCUCAUUAAUUAGUGAGACCAUGUGAAGGUUUUUAUUUAUUAUCCUACAGAAGAUAAAACUAAGUAUUUUCUGCAGUUUUUAGGAGAAUUAAUGAGCCAAACGAACUCAUAAUAUAAUAAUAAAAUCACCUUUACUCUUCUUUGCUCUUCUCUUGUAUUACAGCUUUUUAUCCUUUACAAUUAAAACUAUUUCCACUGUUUUAAUCUUUAAUAUUUUCUCACAUUAUUUGAGGACAUGUUGAAUAUCAGCACUUACUGUAAUUUCUAUUAAACGUUUAUCUGACGUCUCGUUCGACAAAAAGAAAAACAAAACAAUCGUUUUUAAAGUAAAAAAAAAAAAUUUGAUUGUGUUUUUCAUUGUUUUACAAUUUUUGAUACUAAAAAAAAACUUACUAGAAAAAGUCAGAAAGUCGGUUUAAAAAAACAAAAAGCUUCACGAAAUCUGUAACAUAAAAUAUGAGAAAUAACUAAUUCAACAUUUUCUCUCGUUAUUAUUUUUGUCUUUUUUUUUGCUGAUUUAAAGCCAAAUAUCAACGUCAGCUUUUUACGAGUUUGAUGCUUUAAAGUCCGUGUAAAUUAAAAAUAAAUAUGUGUUCUGAGUUUGACAUACCACAGAAAAGUGUGUUGUUAACCACCCUGCCAAAUUUGAAUGAUUAAAAAAAUCGCCAAAUAUAUGAAAUUAGGCUUCAAAGUUGUGUAAAAGUCUGCCUAUUUCUCUGCUCCCAAACGCUGAAGCCCCGCCCCCUACCAAGUGUCACCUGUCAAUCAAAGUCACCACCUCUACCAGAAACAUGGACGCUAGGUCUGAGAGCUUUCUGCUGCUAACUCAGCGGCUAGCUCGGCGGCUAGCUCGGUGGCUAACUCAGCUGCUAGCUCGGCGGCUAACUCGGCGGUUAGCUCGGUGGCUAACUCAGCUGCUAGCUCGGCGGCUAGCUCGGCAGCUUACUCAGCUGCUAGCUCGGUGGCUAACUCAGCUAACUGGCUACCUGUAGACUGUAGUAGUAGUUGUGUGCGCUGAAUGUAUUUAUACCUCUUCAGCAGCAGGGCGGGUUUAUGCUAGCCUAGCUCCACAAUUCAAAUCUA